UGCCCAUGAACCAAUUGUCAGGUGCCGCGUUGGCUUUGUGCUCUGAGAAUAAUAAAGUCUCGCAUAUGUGAGUGCGGCCCGUACGUCGCAUUACAUGCAAGACAAAAGAGCGGAGUGAAUCGGAAUGAGGAAGCAAUCUGGAAUUUGAUGCGAGCCUGCCGGUUCCUAGCCUGCUUGUACCGUACGGAGCGGUAUGGAGAUGCAAAAUAGAUGCAAGGCAUAUCAAGAGGCGUCCAUAUACCGACUCUGAGGCUCUGCAAGACGGAGUUUUCGGAGGUGUGUAGGUUACAAAGUAUCGCAAUGGCGUCAAUGGCGUCAAUGGUUUCAAAAGAUUAUCUUGUCUGUCCUGCCCGGAGGCGUUCCGUAAUAUGCCUCCUUACUCAACAAUUCCGGGAAAAUGGUGCCUUCUCAGGUAGGCUUUAUCACUGUCACCACCUUGGUGGCGUGUAAAAUUGCACUAAUUUUACUCGAGAUACUUUUCAGCAGGUCGAAGUCUCCUGGGGGGCCGAAACAUAUCUUCCUAAUCUUUUUCGGUUGUGCGUCUGCGUUCUUGGCCCUUGUUCUCGGCUGCGUAUCGUUCGCGGGACUGCGGGCGAAAGGGGUAGGACAGCCGGAUCAAUGCGAAAAUGCAGAUGCUGACAUCGUGGGAGACGGAGUUCGUGCAGCAGCCUGGACGCAAGUUGGAAUAUUAUUUUUCAUAACUCUGACGGGGAUUGUCCAUUGCUGUAAAACGGCCGUGAAGGAGAUUGGUGGAGGUUUGAUUGUAACGCACUUAUCGCUGGCUAUUGCGCUCCUCGUCCCGUUGGCCCGUCACGAAUUAUCUCCCAUCGACGCAAUACUUGGGUCUUUAAUUCUCGAUGCCCAAGGAAAUUCUCUUUCCAUUCAACUAGUUACGAAAGAAACAUUAGCUGCUCGAUGGCAAGUAGCGAUUGCUGUUACAGCCCAGUUGCUUGGACUAGUUAUCGAAGGCAUCCUUGUGGGUAAUUUCACAACCAAUCUACUUCCCCCGAAAAGCUGCAACUGCUUCUCUGUAUUCUGGUGGACUUGGUUCAGCAAUUGCCAAUCCGUGUUCCCUAACGAUGUUGCGGCCUACUGGGUUUAUUUCGGCUAUCGACUUGUCAACAUCGCCCAUGGGUCCUACUACGCCAUCUCCCGUACUAGGAUUUUCAGCAACGCAGAGAAAUGGGACAAGGCAAAUCCGUGUGACCCAUGUGACUAUUGCUGCGACGACGAGAUAUCACCGGAAAGGGAGCCACACGACCUCUGCAGAUGUCACCCCUGCGUUAGGUGUUCGUAUUGCAAAGUAUGCAAAAGAAAGGCUCGCUGCGACCGACACUCGCCUAUAUUUCGAGCCCCAAACACACAUAACAAUCACUUAGUUUUGCAUAAUGAUAAUGUCUGCCAAACCUGCUAUCGGUGCAGGCAGUGCGGGCAUAGCGACCUUGAUAUCAGCAACUCAGUCUUGUUGGAUGGCGAGCGGUUCUCAUCAAUGCCGGUAACGAUUAGCGCCAAUUUCUUGGAGAGUAGCGUUUUAGCGCUACUAAGUAUGAUCUCGGCCGAAGUCACAAUGAAUGUCAAUGGCGUUCGGAAGUCAUCCCAUAUAUACAAUGUUGGACAGGUCACUGCCUUAGUAAUCGCUGUCGGAACAGCCGUUCGAGCGCUUUGGGUCUUCCUCUACCUUUUCGAUGCGCGAGCUUACCCGGCUCACUCAUCCUAG